AUUCUGUAGUAUAAGUCCGAUUUGCUGAAUGUGGAAAUAAGGCGAAACAAUGUGUAGCAGAAUUCUAGUGAAGAACCUGAAUCCUGAGACCAGUGGCGAUACACUCAGUUAUUUUUUUGAGAAAUAUUUAAGAGGGGUAGACGUUGACCCCGCCACACAGAUAGAAUACAGUGCUGAUAAGACUUCUGCCUUGGUGGCCCUAGACCAAGACAUAGAAGAUAUCGGAAACCUAUUUAAGGAUGCCAAACCACUGGAUGGGAAUGUCUUGUCUAUAACAGAAGCACCACCUAUAGACUCCAUUCGUAUUACAAGCAUACCAAAAGAUGUCACUAAAGACCAUGUGGAGUUUUAUUUUGAACAGAAGGCAACAGGUGGUGGGAAGAUACAGAAAUCUUUGACACUGUGUAACUUGGAUCGUGGAUAUGCAGUGCUUACAUUUGAAGACCCAAAAGUUGUGGAAAUUGUAACAGCCAGGAAACAUGCAUUGGUGAAUGUCCCAGUCAGUGUUGUGGCUCAUGACAGGUGUCUGGAACUUCCUGUACACCUAGAGGAAUCUGGUGGUGGGGAUGUGAACUAUGAAGAAGUGAACAUUAAACCACCAGGUCACAUUCCAGUUACUCAGGAAAGUUCUAAUCUAGCAUCAUGGGUCACAGGAUUCAUAGCAAGGAUGGCUGCUCUCCUUCUUGACAUACAUGGAUCUAUAGGAGGUCACAUUCCAAUUACUUUGGGAGGUACUAAGCUAGCAACACAAGAUACAGGACUCAUAGAGAGCAGUGGUGCAAUUCAGAGGGCCUAUAUUCCAGACCGUGAGACUGUUUCCACUGAAAAGAAGAGCCAGGAAGCUGAUAUUGAGGAAGAACAGACAUCCAAUGCUUAUGAAACUUUAUUACCUCCAACAAAUAACAUGUCUCCAGCUGACCCAACACAUCUCACCCGGUUUCAACCAACACAACCUGCAUCUCAGCCAACACAAUCUGCUUCUCAACCAAUGCAAUCUGCAUCUCAACCAACACAAUCUGCAUCUCAACCAAUGCAAUCUGCAUCUCAGCCAACACAAUCUGCAUCUCAACCAAUGCAAUCUGCAUUUCAACCAACACAAUCAAAAGCAACCAAUUUUAUAGACCAGGACAAGGGCGAGCAUGUGUCCUUCAAUCCUCUUAUGAGUAAAAUGAAACCCAUUGCCAUUGUUCAGUUUCCUUCACAAUCAGUGUAUGACAAUACAACAAGAACAUUGCUUAGUGAUCCAGAUUUUGAAAAAUACCUAGAACCUGUGCCACAUGCUGCAACCAAGAAUGACAAAGCCUCGGCCACAGUUGACACAGCUCAAACUUAUUUCCUAGCUGAAGAUCCAGAUGCUUUAGGAAUAGAUGAUGGUUACAUUUUUGUGAAACCUGUGUCCAACAGAAACCCUGCUGCAGCAGCAAUGCCAGCUCAAACAUGGUCUCCAGCUGCUGUGGAAACUGAGGAGACAUUGGCCAGUGGCACGAGCUGUACACGUGAUUCUAACAUGCAGAAUGCCCAACAGAUGUCACCAACUGAUCAUUCAAGACAGGCAAAGGUGGAGACAGCAACUGUUUCAUGUUCAACAAAAGCAAAAGCUUUGUUGUUAAAGAGAGAAAACUUACACCGCGUGACAAUUAAAGGUACAAAUGUAGAGAUACGAGGGACUGGGGACCAAGUGAUCAAGUCCAAGAUAGAGGUGUAUGACAAGAUGAAUGAAAUGGUUGAGAAAGCACAGCCAUUGUCACAGCGUUUACAAAAUGUAUUCAAUAAAGUUGCAGUGAGGGAUUUUAUCAACGGAGAAUUGUCUAAAAAACAGCUCAAGGUGGAGUGGACAUUGGGGCCAGAUGGAUUAACUGUGACAGCAUUUGAUUCAACUGUAGCUGAUGAGACGAUGAAAAUGAUCAUAGCCUUAACUGACAUGCAGAAACAUAUAGUAGAAAAAGAUAGCCAGCCCCUUUUGGCAAUGGAAACCUUUAGAAAUAUGGUGCAGAAGUUUAACCAGACAAGAAAUGCAGUUAUUGAAUGUGACACCACUGAGGUAGUGAUAGAAGGAUUAAAGCAAGAUGUGACCAAUGGUCUUAUCCUAAUUAAGAAAUAUAUUCAGUUUGCAGCUGGCACCUAA